UGCGGGGGAACGACAAAAAAACUAAACACAAAAAGCACUUCUAAAGAAAUUCGUUUUCAAUGCUACACAUUGUGAGUCACCCGUAAGCUCGGUUGUCCUGACACCGCGCGUUGUGAAUCGUCAUCGUUGACCUCGUCAUCAUCUUCAACAGCAAUCAGCCGUGAUCUAUCUGCUUCUGGAUGAAGGCCCUCCCCAAGCCGGUUGCCGUCUCUCGCGAAGCAACAAUCAACGCGCCGGCAAAUCUCAUCGCUUCUGAUACGCGCGCGACGGAUACCCUGCCGGGCCCGCGUUCCCCCAACCUCGGCUGCCGCUCCGUCGUUAGUCUCGACCGCCAGACGUAUCAUCCUUUCUCGCGAGGAAUCGGAAGUCAUCGUUUCUUUACCCGUGCGGUUUUGACGCGCGCGUCGCAGACCCCUGGCGACAAGCGUGCUGCGGUUUAUCCCCACGCAUCGUGAUCCCAGUUCCACAACUUACCGGAUCCGAGUUAUACAACCUGCUGGAUCCCAGUCCACAACUUACCGGAUCCGAGUUAUACAACCUGCUGGAUCCCAGUUCCACAACUUACCGGAUCCGAGUUAUACAACCUGCUGGAUCCCAGUCCACAACUUACCGGAUCCGAGUUAUACAACCUGCUGGAUCCCAGUCCACAACUUACCGGAUCCGAGUUAUACAACCUGCUGGAUCCCAGUUCCACAACUUACCGGAUCCGAGUUAUACAACCUGCUGGACCCCAGUUCCACAACUUACCGGAUCCGAGUUAUACAACCUGCUGGAUCCCAGUCCACAACUUACCGGAUCCGAGUUAUACAACCUGCUGGAUCCCAGUUCCACAACUUACCGGAUCCGAGUUAUACAACCUGCUGGAUCCCAGUUCCACAACUUACCGGAUCCGAGUUAUACAACCUGCUGGAUCCCAGUUCCACAACUUACCGGAUCCGAGUUAUACAACCUGCUGGAUCCCAGUUCCACAACUUACCGGAUCCGAGUUAUACAACCUGCUGGAUCCCAGUUCCACAACUUACCGGAUCCGAGUUAUACAACCUGCUGGAUCCCAGUUCCACAACCUACCGGAUCCGAGUUAUACAACCUGCUGGAUCCCAGUUCCACAACCUACCGGAUCCGAGUUAUACAACCUGCUGGAUCCCAGUUCCACAACUUACCGGAUCCGAGUUAUACAACCUGCUGGAUCCCAGUUCCACAACCUACCGGAUCCGAGUUAUACAACCUGCUGGAUCCCAGUUCCACAACUUACCGGAUCCGAGUUAUACAACCUGCUGGAUCCCAGUUCCACAACUUACCGGAUCCGAGUUAUACAACCUGCUGGAUCCCAGUUCCACAACCUACCGGAUCUGUCCCAGUGGCGGUGCCCGGGGGGGGGGGGGCGUAAUAGAGUGAAUCACUGGCGAUCCACCCACGCUGGAAAUAGUAACAAUUAAGCGCUUGUUGCGCGCAGCGCGACUGUCGAGGAGGAUUUGUUCUCGCGCUCUCUCUCUCUCUCUGGCGCGCCGAAUUGCCCGGCACGACGACCGUUAUUGAAACCGGCGCCUCUACCGCCAGCGGUGUCCGUCGGCCCGGGCGGGCGCAGGAGGGCAACGCAACUCGGCGUGCCGAGAUCGUGUCGGUGCAGGAGAGGCCUCCGUUGUUGACCCCCGCCGCGACUGGGAAUCGGGGUCGACCACCCCUAAGCCGCUGUCCCUUGAAGCGUGAUCGUCCGUUCGAGAGCGGAAAGCGUUUUGUUGUUGUCAUUCUGAGUGGGGGUGGUGGGGGGGGGGGGUUUGAGCAGCUCGUUUGAAGCGACUUGUGACGUUUCCCGCCAAACACUGAGAUGAUGCUCACCAUCUUCCUGAGCCGCGACGAGCGCCGGCUCACUACGGUGCCCGUCGCCACGGAGACAACGUGCCAAGAUGUGCUGGAGCGUUGCCGCGGCGCCAGUCGCCACGGUUACACCCUCACCGAGCUCUGGCGUGGAUACGAGCGCGUGGUGGCGGACGGGGAGAAGAUGUACGCGCUGCUGCAGCACUGGGGUAAGGAGGUGGCGGACGUCAAAUUCUACCUACGCUACGACGGGGACGACCCUCCCAGCUCACCCACCUGGGACGCAGAUCAAGAGAGCCGCCUCAACGGCGUGAACUUGCCCAGCACGACGGACAGGAUGGAAAAUGGGGUGGGCGGCUCAGGUGUUGAGCUCUCGCUGUCGGAGCUGCAGGAGGUCGCCGAGAGACAGCAGCAGCAGAUCGAGGCUCGUCAGCAGCUGCUGGCCAGCAAGGAGCGGCGGCUGCAGCAGCUGAAGCAGAAGGAGCGGCGGCGGCGGCGGCGCGAGGAGGCGGAGGCCGGCGCCGAGCGGCUGCGAGCGCUGCGGGAGACGCUCGCCGCCCAGGAGGAGCGCGCCGGGCGGCUCCGCUCCACGCGUGCCGAGCUCCACGCCAAGCGGCGCGCCAACGAGGACCUCGCGCUGGAGAUCGAGAGAGCGACCGCCAGCUUCCAGGAGAAGCGGAGGGAGCUGGAAGUUGCCAUGGCGACCGUCACGGAGCUCAGUCGCCAGUUGGAGGGUCUCCGUGGCGACGGCACCGGGGACGGUUUCCGUGACGACCGCCCCCCCUCCUCCUCCGCUGCCUCCCCCGUGGAACAAGAGCUGCAGCGCCUGUACCUCGACCUGCAGAGCAAGACGACGAUGAACCAGGAGCAGAACGUGCGUCUGCAGGAGCAGACGGAGCUGCUGGGCCGGCGCACGAAGGAGCUAGCCGCGCUGGAGCGCCAGCUGCAGGACAUGCGCGAGCGCCUGCGCAGCAAGAAGGAGGAGGCACAGCGCUCGGGCCCGCCCCCCCACGGAGUCAACGGCUCGGCGGCGGAAGCGCGGGGGGCUGUAACGGCGCCGCCGUUGACGCACCCCGGGGCACGGUCGACGAACUCGCUCCCCACCCUUCCGUCGUCGUCGUCGACUUCGCACAGAGGCGGAGCGGACGAAACGCUCCUAGGCUCCAGGAGAGACGCGGGAGACAAGAUACCACCCGUCGUCCCGUCAAAACUGAAGCUCGCCCCAUCUCCAAGCGACCCUGACCGAUCCUCGUCAACUCCCUACACGCACCCCAAAAUACCAGAGCUCAAGCCCGGCACCUUUCCACCUCCUCAUCCUUCGAUACCACCACCCACUCUACCGGUGCCUGCUGCCCCACCACUGCCUCCCCUGGCCACGUCCAAAUUGGCACAGUCUUCCAAAAUCUUCACCGCCCCAUCGCAACCUUCUCAGGUGGCCACGUCUGUCCUGCCACACCCUUCUAAGAUUCCCAUCGCUCCGUCGCAGACGUCCCAGGCCACAUCGGUCUCGCCACAACCGUCGAAGAUUCCCACAGCCCCAUCGCAGCCAUCCCAGGUGAUUUCUGUUCUGCCACAGCCAUCCAAAAUCCCCAUCGCUCCACUGCCGGCCACCGAAUCCGCAUCCUCUCUGCCGCAGCCAUCGCAGCCCCAGGGCAACGUGGUGUCUCGCAACGGCCUGCCCACCUUGAUUUACGUGACAGGCUCUACCAGGCCCGCACGGGAUGCCGAGCAGGAGCCGCUGAAGAAGCCGGGCGCGAACGGUGCGGCGGUGCUGGCGAACGCCGGAGCGUCGGCGCCGCCUUCGAAAAUUCCGCUGGCCGUGAAGGUGACCCCUGUGCCGAGUGACGUGGCAAGCUCGCCCCUGUCUCCUGUUGCCACCACGACCGGCACCAUCACCGCUCCGGAGACGGGCGCUUCUCUGUCCAUCGCAAAAGCGUCCGAUGAACCGUCGUCGACGGCGGCCCGGCCUAACCCCUCCGCUGACGGGCACACGCCGGGGAAGUAUCCGCCGGUCCCCGCGGGAUUGAGGUUCGCGGGGACCAGCGGUGGCGGAGGGGGCGGGGCCGGCACGCUGGCGCCACGGCCGCCCACGCUAAAGACGCCGUUGGUGCCGAGCCCCGGCACGGUGUUCUCGGUGUACGCGCGGCCCUCGCUGGGGAGCGCCAACUUCCGGCAGGUCGUGCACCAGAGGGCGGUGCAGGCGGAGACGAUGCAGCGAGGCCACGGAGUCCGGCCCAUGCCAUUCCCUGCCGUUCACGUGAAGCCGUUGAUGCCUUCCACUAAGACCGAGGAGGCCCCAAAGCUCAGCCUGGAGCAUCCGGAUGGCCUCGCUCUGAGUCGUGGUGCCCUGCCGGAAAAACCCCAUCCAGCGGCAACCCCCGUCGAGAAAACGGCAUCGACGUCCGGCCCGGAAACAACUCACAGAGCUGUCGUUAAUCAAGAGAACGGGGAAACGAGCUGCGAGGUCUUGCAGCCACCCCCUAACAAACCAGGGGUGGCGGAGAACGCAGGCAAAAAGCAGCAGCAGCAGCAGCAAAAGGGCAAGGAGAAGGAGGAAAAGAGGAAGGUGGAGGUGAAAGGGACGCCACUGGCGGGCAGCAGCAGCGGCGACAGUGGGAGGGGUGGCGAAUUUACGCGGCCUCGCCCCCUGAGCCCCACCAAGCUGCUGCCCUUCCUGAGCCUGUCGCAGCAGCAGGGCGGCACCAGCGACGCCGACCUGGAGGCGCUGAGGCGGCGCCUGGCCAACGCGCCGCGGCCACUCAAGAAGCGCAGCUCGCUCACCGAGGCCGAGGGCCCCAAUGGGCCCAACCUGCAGCGCCUCAUCCUGCAGCGCUACCAGGCGAGGCAGGAUGCCCUGCAGAAGGGCCUCGCCAUCAAGGCCCAGUUCAAGAACGGGGGUGACCGUCGGGAAGUUGACGGAGAUGGCGGCACAGAGGGGACGGCGGUGGCAGCACUAUCGGAUGCGGGGUCGGGUCCGAAGCUCCGUCCAGACGCUGGCGCAGAGAGGGAGAUGAAAGCAGUGGUGCUGGUGGUUGUGGCACCAGCGCAGGAGGACGAUGACAACGACGAUGAGAGGGUGUCGGUGGAGGCUGCCGCGGUGUCGCCGCCCCAGGAGUUACUAUCAGCCGAGAGCUUCGAUUCGACCGUGAGCGAGAGCCCCCCACCGUCGCCCUUGACGAUGGAGGAGGGAGAUGCGAACGCAGAGGAGGAGGACGAAGAGGAGUUCAUCCCAAACCCGUACCUGACGGCAGGCAAGGCGGGCCCGGGCUCCGCGGUCGUCACGGCGACCGUUCCGGCGCUCACGGGAGACGAGGGUCCGGCGGAGGAGGAGAUUCCCGACAUGCCGCAGUCGCCGCCGCCACCGUACCCGUCCUCGCCGGAGCUCGACAUCGUCCCCGAGAUCAUCUCGUCCUGCGGGCCGCUCCCUCCGGGCAAGCGGACGAACGUGAAGAAGCCCGGCUCGGAGCGCACGGACCACGCGAUGCGCGUGCAGUUCGAUCCGUUCGCCAUCCUCCUGGACUCCGCCCUCGAGGGGGACUACGACCUCGUGAACAAAAUCUUCCCUGAGGUGGACGACCCGAGCCAGCCAAAUGACGAGGGCAUCACGGCACUGCACAACGCCGUGUGCGCCGGGCACAUGAACAUCGUCAACUACCUGCUGCAGGCCGGCGUCAAUGUCAACGCCGGGGACAGCGACGGCUGGACACCGCUGCACUGCGCUGCCUCCUGCAACAAUGUGCUGCUGUGCAAGACGCUGGUGGAGAGCGGAGCGGCCAUCUUCAGCACCACCCUGAGCGACCGGCAGACCGCGGCGGACAAAUGCGAGCUCAUGGAGGAUGGAUUCCAGCAGUGCUCGCAGUUCAUGCACGGCCUCCAGAACAACCUGGGCCUGAUGCACCGCUGCGUGGUGUACGCGCUGUGGGAGCGGCACGCCGAGGAGGAGGACGAGCUGUCGUUCGCCGAAGACGACUCGAUGACGGUGCUGCGACGUGGCGACGAGCUGGAAGACGAGUGGUGGUGGGCGCGGCUGGGCGAACGCGAGGGGUACAUCCCGCGCAACUUCGUCGGGCUCUUUCCUCGAAUCAAAGCCAAGCAGAGAGCGGAGGUGCCUUGAGCCAACCGCAGCAACAAAAUCUCAACGCUUGCAACUUCUCGAAAGACUUGAAACGAACAUCGGCCAGCAACCCAGCGUCGACUCUGGAGAGACCGCCACUUCAGCGGUCCCAGCCGGAGGGAGGCGCUGGGGAGUCUCUCCUCCUCGUUCCCGUGGCCACAAAAACCAUCAUCACCUCUCCCUCCACCUCUCUCUUCAUAAUUCAUAUUUAGGGCAAUGGUGGCCCAGAUGAACCGGCGCGAGUUUUCGCCCCGAGCGGUGACGUUUGUGCACGAGCUCGGUUGCACAGACCCAGGCCAGGCCCCUACUCGUCAAAAUGGAAUGGUUAGAGAACGCUUCACAACAUAACAAUGCUUUGCCUGCUCAUUCCCGCACGCUCCGAUGAGUACAGUUGGCUACGUACAGCGUGAAAGAAGUUCAACACACACAUACAUGAAGAUUCUUGGCGAGGCGUGGUGGCAUUAAUGGCUUUGGUAACAAUGAUAACAUCAUCGUAAAGAUUUUAAGCAGCGUACACCCCACUCCCCCACCAUCCCCUCAUCAUCCUCCCCUACAUCCCCCAACGCAGGCUUCCAUACCCCACCAAUAUAACUAAAACAUUUUUUUAUUUUACCAGGUUAAACUCACUGAGCUAUAUAUAGCUCUUUUUCUAGAAACGACCUGACCACAAAUGAUAGCUCAACGAAGUGGCUUAUCACGUGUACAUGUAUAGCAGC